AUGAUCAAUAACAAAACAUCCUCCCCUUUAAACCCUUCUGGGAGUGGUAACAGUGUUGCUGUUAGUGGAUCCAUCAACAAUAAUAAUAACAACGAUUCAAAAUCAAACAAUUCUUCUGGUGGGAGUAUUACUCCAAACAAUGCUUCAACUACAACAUCAUCAACAGCAAGGAAGAGAAUGAUUAAAGUAGGAGCACAACGAAGAAGCACUCUCACCCCAACCAAUCAACAAACAAACUCAUCAGAUAGACAACAACAAUUUGAAACAACUCCUAACCAGCAACAACAAGAAAAUAAUAUUUCCGGAAUACCCUUCUCAAUGCAAAGUAAUGGUAGCAGUAGUACAGGAAAUGUCAGUACAGCAUCAACAACACUCAUGAUGAAUAGUGUAAAUAGCUCUUGUUUUAUGGGAAGUGAUCAAUCCGGAAGCCCACUCACAACAUCAAAUAAUUCUCAUCACAAUAACAAAAUAAUAAUGGAAUGUUUCAGAGAGUAA